CAAAAAGUACAACUACAAGUCUUCUUCCAGGUUCUAUCACUUCUUCUUACCUCUGCUAGGACAGUGGUAGUUUAACAUACAACUAACAGAAAAAAGAAGAAGAAGAAGAAGAAGAGAGAGAGAAGCAAAGCCAAGCCCACAGGCCACAACAACAAAAACAAGUCUUGGUGAGAUCUAAAGUGAGCACAUUCAUUUUCAAGAAUGACGGACAGGGUGUACCCAUCAAGCAAGCCCAAUGGCACCGCCGCCACGGCCGCCACCGCCAACCCCACGCCCACCAACAAUCCACCACAGUUCCCACCGGCCAAAUCCCACGUCUACAAUCCCAUGCGCCAGCCUUACCGCCCCAACCCGGCCCUCCACGCCCGCCAUAACCACCGCAGGUGCAGCUGCCGCCGCUGCUUCUGCCUCUGUUGCUUCUGGUCCAUCCUCGUAUUCCUCUGCAUUCUUCUCCUCGUCGCCAUUGCCUGUGCUGCCCUCUACGUCCUCUACCGCCCCCACCGCCCGGCCUUCUCCCUCUCCUCCUUAAAAGUCUCCCAGUUCAACCUCACCACCACCCCUGAUGACGUCACCCGGCUCACCUCGAAGCUCAACUUUACGCUUUCCUCCAAGAAUCCCAACAAGAAAAUCACGUUUUACUACAACCCCAUCACCGUAAAUCUGUAUCUUUCCGACCAACAGAAAGUUUUGCUAGCAAAUGGGACUUUCUCAAACUUCACCAGUCAGCCGGGGGACGUCACCAUCCUGCACUCCACCCUGUCGACGACGUCACAGGUGCUGGAUGCCGACUCUGUAACUUCACUGAAGUCAGAUCUGAAGAGGAAAAAUGGGUUGCCAAUGGCUAUAGAGAUGGAGACCAAGAUGAAGGUGAAAGUGGAGAAGCUCAAUAGUAAGAAAGUUGGGAUCAAAAUCGUUUGCGACGGGAUUCAUGGGCUGGUUCCGACGGGUAAAACUCCAGCAGUGGCUUCAACUGCUAAUGCCAAGUGUAAGGUUGAUCUUCAAGUCAAGAUCUGGAAAUUCAACUUUUAAUUACACUUACAUUAAUACCAUUUUCCAAAUUAAUACACUAGUACCUUAAUUUGGUUUGAUUUUGUUUUUGUUCAAUUCUUGCUGUAACUCUAUAGUUCCUUUUUUCAACAAAAAAAAAAUUUAAUUUUUUUUUUGAAGAAAGUAAGUUUUUCUUUUUUUAUUUUUAUUUUUGGGGGCUGUUUAUAGGUAUUUCAUAGGAUGUUUAGUAGAGACAGAGUAGAAUGCAGACGCGGUGGAUUGACAAAAUAUUGGUGGGAUUCAAUCAAAUUCAGAAGAAAAUGAGGAAUUAUAUAAUUGUGUUAACCUUAAUUUUUGGUAUAUUAGGUGAAGUGUAAUAAGAGUGUACUGGACUACUUUUCAUUGAUAUCUCAAUUCCAAAUCGGCGAUUUUACUUGGAA